CAGAGGAGGAGCCAGAGGUCUAACACAGUCCACAGGCAGUCAUGGACUCCUUAUGCAGCAGCUGGCUCCCCACCCAGACACUGAUUCUCCAAAUCAGCCUCAUUUCUGGCUUAACUAGUGCUUCACCAGAUUCUCAAGCUGUCAAAUACCCCAGCUCUUCCUGUACAUUGAAAAGGACUGUGGGGGCAUCUGUACAGCUGCCACUGACCUCCCCUUUGAAUUCUAGCAUCCGAGAGAUUGAGUGGAAUUGGCAACCUGAGAAUGAUGAGAACACACAACUAGUGACCUGGAAGCCUCAGACCCCUACUCCUGACUGGUAUGAUCUUGAAGAAAUAUACAAACACAGACUCAACUUAACAGAGAAGGCUUUCUUGAGCAUCAGGAAUCUUACCAUGGAAAUGAGUGGACUAUAUACAGCAAAAAUCAAAUUCAACUCAGGAAAAUCGAAGGAGGAAAGAUUUAGACUCUGUUUAUAUGAUCCCAUCCCACACCCCCAGAUCCAGAUUCGUUCAUCAUCUAACACAUCAGGCUGGUGCAACAUCAGUCUAGAGUGUGAGAUCCCAGGAAACACAGGGAACCUGACAGUCAUCUGGCUAAGCCAGGGCCUCCCCAGGCACCUGGAGCAGAGAGGGAUACCCCCCAACUCCAGGAACCUAAGCCUGAGCCUGCCUAUCAGCCACAUCAACAGCCACCUCACCUGUGUGGUCAGCAACCCUGCAGAAGAGAAGAAUGCAACCCUACACCUGGAGGACAUCUGUCCCUGGAGGGGCCUGACUGAAGCAGAUCUGACACCAGCCUUUGACUCCAGGUUCUCUUCAGAGCAAAUGGCUUUGGCUUUACAUCCUACUCAUGGUUCUGAUGGUGAGCCUAGGGGCUGGAGUGUGGAUCUGGAUGAGAAAGAAGAUGCAUACCAGGAGAGGCAGGUGGGUCCACUCUCCUGCCAACGGAUCCCCAAGCCCUUCUGACAGAGGAAUCUACCAACCUUCAGACUGUUGUGUCCAACAGCCUAGACCCUCCCUAUGAAGAGAUCAGCGUCCUGAGACACCAUAAGGAAGACUUGGAGAAGAGCAACUGCCACUCACACAACCCUGAGUGUACUUUGGCUGUCCACACUAUCUACGAGAAGAUCCGAACAAGUCCAGAACCCCAGGAUGAUGCUUCAGUUCAGUUCAGUCACUCAGUCGUGUCCAACUCUUUGCGACCCCAUGAAUCGCAGCACACCAGGCCUCCCUGUCCAUCACAAACUCCCGGAGUUUACUCAAACUCAUGUCCAUUGAG